UGUAUUGCCAAAAGCCAUGGGGAGACUAUAAGGAAAACACAGCAAUAAAUCCUUGGCUCGUACACGUAGUUUGUUCCCUGGCAUGAAGGAAGAUACAACCACGGUGCUGUGAUAGAACUGCAGAAAUAACUCAAUGCAAUAAAAAGAACAUAUCAGUGAAGACCUCGUCAAAAAUGCAAGGAAAGAGUUUUACAUCUUUCCACCUCUUUACCGUGUAAGUUGACGACGUGAUGAUGUGCCUGGUGGUGCUGAGGUGAUGAAGAUGAUCUACCUGCUGGUGAUGAUGGUGGCAAUAGGGGGUGUGACGUCAUUAAGGUGGGAGGCAUCUGAUAUUUCAUUACAAAGAUGGAGAAAAAUGAAAGAGCUGCAGGAGGACACUAUGUCGCUGACGGUGAAGGCCAACCACAACCAAGUCCUGGUUCUACGAGAGAACACCAUUGUGUACGAACAUGAAGGCUUGGAGAAUGGAUGGGGCGGGGGCGUUCACGUGGUGGUGUUGCACUCCCGGACCGGUAAAUUGAUGCUGGCACGUCGAUUUCGUACCUACCAGCCAGCCGAGCGCCACAACCUGCACGCCUGCCUAGUUUCCCUUCAGUCCGGCCGUGCCCUCAUACUCGUGGGUCAGCCAAACUUCAUGACAUUCCUGGAAAGGAAGGGCGUGGAGGUCCUCGUGGGGGUGGGGUCGAUGCUGGUUCCCCGGGUAGCCGACGGAGAGCCCUGGGGAAUGAUCACCAUCACGGGGCACCCCAGGGGCCUCACUCUGGUUCCCGGCAAGGUACUAGUGGAAGCAGUGGCCACGAAGGAGAUUGGCAGAUCCUCAACAAACCUUCAACUGCAGGUGGACCUCCCCAAGGCCUCGUCAGAUGGGUGGUGCGGCGGGUCGUGGGCGGCGCAGCAAGAGGCCCAGUGGAGGUUCUGUGACACCUAUGAGGGUUAUGGAGAACUGUGUAGGUGUGAGGGACCUUAUACCCCUACCACCCUACCCACUACGCCCCCCAGUAUACCCAUGAGUGAGGAGAUACCGGUAGUGAUUGUGACGGCCAACAAACCUUAUUACCUCUACCGGAUUUUAAAAAAUCUGAAAUCCUUGGCUGGUUCAAAGGAGACUAGAGUACUGGUGGUGGUAGACGGGCCACACCGGGAGACACUGGAGCUGACCAACGUCUUCCAGGUAGAAACUGUCACCCACAUCCCACAGGGCCAACCCAGCCAUAACACCAGGAUCAACAUGAACAUCGCCUUCGCCUUGUACAGCGGGCUGAACAGAUGGCCUCACGUCGACAAGGUCAUUUUGCUCGAGGACGACCUCAUCUUGGCCCCGGACUUACUAAGAUACUUCCACCAGGCGGCGCUGGCGCUGAAUCUCGACCCGACACUUAACUUUGUCAGCGCCUUCGGCCAGAACUCGUAUCCAAAUACUGCUCGCGACUCCUCAACCGUGCUGCGGGCCGAGAUGUACCCACAGUACGGCUGGAUGACCUGCAGGCGCUGGGUCGAGAAUAUACUUCCUCUCUGGGUGCCUCCCGGGCCCGGCCGCGACUGGGACUGGUGGCUGUACACCGAGGGCGCCCGUGCUGGUAUGGAGGCGGUGGUGCCGGAGGUGUCUAGGACGGCUCACGGGGGGUCGGCUGGGGUCCACGUAACGGGCUGGGAGCAGCACCUCUUCUUCAGCACCAGAUUACUAAACCGUCGACCUGACGUAGAACUGAAGCACGUUCACAGACUGGUGGCCAAGAACUACUCUCAUUGGUUCGAGGAUGAGAUACGUCACGCCACCAAGAUUCACCUCCUCGACCACCCCUGCCACGUCCACGUCAUCCCAAAAAACAAGACUGGACCCUUCGUCUUGUACCUGGGUGUGGUGAGCCGCUCAGACCAAUAUCUCAGCUUCUACCUCAUGCAGGCGUGUCUGGGCACCGACGACCAGGAGGUGAAGGAGCUGUAUGAGGGCGUGAUACGGCUUAGGAUUCACCCUUACUCUCACCACCUUACCCACCAGGCCCGCACCUACAACCUCCGCGACCUUCAUGCCCACAACGUCCGACAGGUUCAUACCCUCACCCGUCAAGACUUCACCCUCACGAUGCAGACGGAGGAGGCAUGGCAGGUGUUGUACCUGGUGGGAUGUCCACUAUCUAAGUACUGUCGGUACUCAGCUGGGACUAGUGACUGGGCAGUGCCAGCGAUGCCCAUGGUGCUGGAGGCGAUUAAGGUGGCGCAACAGAGGAGAAUGGCUGACACGUCCAGGAUACAGAGGGUGAGGGUACCAGCGGAGACUUCCGAAGAGGAACUUAUGCUAAACAACUUCAGUGAACCGACUCCCCUAAGAGGCUGACGUCCUGGCUGACACAGUCAGCGUGGUACAGAAGAGAUACAACCGUCAAGCAGUGAAUAUAUUGUUGUGUAUUGCAACACUAAAAAGUUUUCAUUGGAAGGCAGAUGAUGAUUGUCUGGUGAUCUCUGUCUGACAACAAAGUGUAAAUAAAGCCACUGCUUGGGGCUGUGAGAACCAA